AUGGCCAAACGCAUGUCACUUGGACAGUCGACAUCAUUCUUCGACUCCGACGUCCUCGAUAACCCCCACAAGGUCUCAAUCGCUCGUCUGGCCGCAGAUGAGACCGACAGCGACAGCCAUGAGACCGCCGAAUCCAAGGCCCAGGCCUUGAGCCAACACAGGGACAGUAUCGCCAAGGGGAUUGACAUCGCCUCGGAGAAGGGCAAGGCUGCCGCCGAGGGCUUCGUCUUCGCAUUCGACAUCGAUGGCGUCCUGGUGCGCGGGGGCGAGCCCAUCCCCGAGGCCAUCGAAGCCAUGAAGAUGCUCGACGGCGAAAAUGAAUGGAACGUUGCCGUCUCACACAUCUUCCUAACCAAUGGAGGCGGCAAAUCAGAAGAGCAGAGAUGCGAGGACCUCUCGAAGCAGCUGGGACGCGCCAUCGACCCGGCACAGUUCAUCUGCGGGCACACGCCCAUGAGAGAACUGUCGGAGAAAUAUAAGACAGUGCUGGUCGUCGGCGGCGAAGGCGAGGCGUGCAGAAAGGUGGCCGAGAGCUACGGCUUCGAAGACGUCGUCACCCCAGGUGACAUCAUCAAGUUCAACUCUGCUACGGCCCCCUUCCGAAACCUCACUCCGGAAGAGUACGCCAAUUCGCGCAUCAGAGACUUCGAGAACGUUGUCAUCGACGCCAUCUUCGUCUUUGCUGACUCGCGCGACUGGGCCUCCGACAUCCAGAUCAUGGUCGACCUAGCCAUGUCCAAGGCCGGUCACGUCGGCACCGUCAGCGACACCUUUGACGAGGGCCCGCCCGUAUACUUCUCGCACAAUGAUAUCGUCUGGUCGGCCGCACACCAGCACGUCCGCUUGGGUAUGGGUGCGCUGCGGCGCAUGUUCGAAGUCAUCUUCAAGGAUCUGACAAAAGGCAAGGGAAAGCUGCGCACGCACGCCUUUGGAAAGCCGCAGGUCUCAACCUUUCAGUUUGCGUCCCGCUUCAUGAAUAACUGGAGGGCCCGGGAGCAUGGUCUGGUGCCUCCGCCCAAGACGAUCUACUUUGUCGGCGAUACCCCCGAGAGCGACAUUUGCGGGACCAACGCUGUCAACGAGGUCAGCAAGGACGAUUGGUAUAGCAUUCUGGUCAAGACGGGCGUCUAUCGGGAUGGCACCGAACCGACGUAUAAACCCCGUAUCAUUGUCGAUACCGUGUUGGAUGCCGUCAAGCAUGGAAUAGAGCGCGAGAUGAAGACGGAGGAGGCGGCUUGA